CGUCUCAAUUCGACCAUAUGUUUUGAAAGACACACGCGGAUUUUUUGUUUGGACUUGGAGUUCUCAAAGCCGGAAAGAAAUCCCCUAAAAUGACCACAACGAGCACAAUUGUGAUGCCCGGCGAGCGGAUUGCGACCAUCGAAGAGUUGGCCAAGAGCAAGCGGGUGAUUCUGGGACCAGGACUGCGCCGCCAGGACGACACGGUGGUGGCCAGCAAGGCGGGUCCACUUCGCCACAAGGAGCCCAGUACUUUCUGGGUGGACAACUACCAGAGGAGAUACAUCCCAGCCCGUGGUGAUCUUGUCCUGGGAAUAGUUCGUUCCAAGGCGGGUGAUAAUUAUCGCGUGGACAUCGGAGCAGCGGACACGGCCUCCAUUUCGUAUCUUGCCUUCGAGGCGGCCACCAAAAAGAAUCGCCCUGAUUUGAAUCCCGGAGAUCUGAUCUACGCCAGGGUCCUCAAUGCCAGUGCGGAUAUAGAACCGGAACUGGUCUGCGUCAAUUCCGUGGGCAAACGUGGCAAACUGGGCGUUCUCGCCGAGGGAUUCUUCUUCAAGUGCACUUUGAAUCUGGGCAGGAUGCUGCUGCGGGAAAACUGCCCUGUGCUCGCCGCCCUAACCCGGGAACUGCCCUACGAGAUCGCCGUGGGCGUCAACGGAAGGAUCUGGCUGAAGGCCCAUUCCCUGAGAGAAACCAUCGCCCUGGCCAAUGCCAUUGUUGCUCUGGAGCAAUCGGGCUGCGCGGAAAUCGACAAGAUAUGCGACAAUCUGGGCGACUUUCUGCAGGCUUAGCAUUAGUUCUUAGAUUACUUACAUUUUAUAUUAAAAAAAGUAUAGCCAAAGGU